AUGUAUAAUAAAGCAGCUGCCAAACUGCGAGCUCAGAUCGCCGAGGAGGGCAAGAUCGUGGUGUGCCCAGGUGUCCAAGAUGGCUUGUCUGCUCGAGUAUGCCUGGCUGAGGGCUUUGAGAAUUUAUACAUGACUGGCGCUGGCACUGCCAUGACCAGGCUUGGCAUGCCAGACCUUGGCCUCACUACCGCGGAUGACAUGGCCAACAACGCCGGGAUGAUAGCAGGACUGAACCGUGAUGUUCCCUUAAUCGCUGAUGCGGAUACGGGUUUUGGCGGUCCUCUGAUGGUAGCACGGACCGUCGAGAAGUACAUCCUCGCCGGCGUCGCAGGGCUGCACAUAGAAGACCAAACCACCACCAAGCGGUGCGGCCACCUGCUCGGCAAGGAGCUCGUCGACACCGACACGUUCACGGCGCGCAUCCGCGCCGCGGCCGCCGCACGCACCCGCCUCGCCUCCGACCUCGUCAUCAUCGCGCGCACCGACGCCCUGCAGUCGCUCGGCUUCGACGCGGCCAUCGCGCGGCUGCGCGCCGCCGUCGCCGCGGGCGCGGACGUCGCCUUCCUCGAGGGCAUGACGGGCCGGGACCAGAUGCGGCGCUGCGCCGCCGAGAUGGCCCCGACGCCGUGCCUGCUCAACAUGAUCAGCGGGGGGCUGACGCCGCUCGUGGACGCCGACGGGGCCCGCGCCAUGGGCUACCGCGUCGUCAUCUGGCCGUGCCUCGCCAUGACCGCGGCGUACCUCGCGUGGCGGCAGGUGGCGCGGGAGCUCAAGACGACGGGCAGGGUGGCCGAGCGCAGGGACGACGAUGGCAACGUCAUCGGCGGCAUCCGGGAGUGCUUUGAGCUAUGCGGAUUGGAGGAGUGCGCCGAGUUUGACAAGCAAAUGGGCGGCAAGGCGUUUGUGAACGGUGUCUGA